GGCCCCACGUGGCUGUUCCGAGGACACGGGGCCCCGGACCCGUGCCCGGCCAUGGCCCGGGGGCCCAACCUGGGCCGGAUCCCGAAACUACUGCUGUCAGGCCCGGUGCUCCGGCAGGAGUCCGAGACAGAGGACGAGGCUUUCCUGCCGGAGUCAUCCCCGGGCAGGCCCCCGCGCCUUCGGCCCACGCCGCCCCACUCGCCUGUCUUUUUCUCUACUAAUUCCCCGACCUUCCGAAAGCGGCUGCAGCCUAGUCAGAGGCCCCGAGACUCUCACCGCCAGACCCGGGUGCGCUUUGAGGUGGAGAAUGGGCCUUCACCAUCCCCAGGACGCAGCCCUUUGGACUCGCAGGCGAGCCCAGGGCUGGUGCUGCCCCCCAGCGCCCCCCAGAGCCAGCGCCGUGAGUCUUUCCUGUACCGUUCCGACAGUGACUAUGACAUGUCACCCAAGACCAUGUCCCGAAACUCUUCCAUUGCCAGUGAAGUACAUGAAGACUUGAUUGUGACACCCUUCGCUCAGGUGCUGGCAAGUUUAAGAAGUGUCCGAAGCAACUUCUCGCUUCUGGCCAAUGUUCCAGCCACUGUUGGCAACAAGAAGUCCCCAAUGGGCAAUCAGCCAGCAGUAUGCAAGGCCACACUCUCAGAGGAGACGUACCAGCAGCUGGCCCGGGAGACCCUGGAGGAGCUGGACUGGUGUCUGGACCAGUUAGAGACAAUGCAGACAUACCGGUCAGUAAGCGAGAUGGCCUCCCACAAGUUCAAGAGGAUGUUGAACCGUGAGCUGACACACCUAUCGGAAAUGAGCCGGUCUGGGAACCAGGUCUCGGAAUACAUCUCCACCACCUUCCUGGACAAGCAGGCUGAUGUAGAGAUACCAUCCCCUACACCCAAGGAGCAGGAGAAGCAGCUUCAGCAACGGCCGCAGAGGCAACCCAUGUCCCAGAUCAGUGGGGUCAAAAAGCUCACACAUAGUUCCAGUCUCAGCAACUCUGGUAUCCCCCGAUUUGGGGUCAAGACUGACCAGGAGGAGCUGUUGGGCAAGGAGCUGGAAAACCUGAACAAGUGGGGCCUUAACAUCUUCCAAGUAGCUGAGUUCUCCAAUGGCCGAUCACUAGGAUGUAUUAUGUAUACCAUAUUCCAGGAGAGGGACUUGCUGAAGACCUUCAAGAUCCCAGUGGAUACACUGGUGACCUACAUGCUGACUCUGGAGGACCACUACCAUGCUGAUGUGGCCUAUCACAACAGCCUGCAUGCUGCUGACGUUCUGCAGUCCACCCAUGUACUUCUGGCCACACCAGCACUCGACGCUGUGUUCACAGACCUGGAAAUCCUAGCUGCUUUGUUCGCUGCCGCCAUCCAUGAUGUAGACCACCCAGGGGUCUCCAACCAGUUCCUCAUCAAUACCAACUCAGAACUAGCUCUGAUGUACAAUGAUGAGUCUGUGCUGGAGAAUCACCACCUGGCCGUGGGCUUCAAGCUGUUGCAGGAGGAGAAUUGUGACAUCUUCCAGAACCUCAACAAGAGGCAGAGGCAGAGUCUUCGAAGGAUGGUCAUUGACAUGGUGCUGGCCACAGAUAUGUCCAAACACAUGAGCCUUCUGGCUGACCUCAAGACCAUGGUGGAAACCAAGAAAGUGACAAGCUCAGGGGUCCUGCUGUUGGACAAUUAUACGGACCGGAUCCAGGUCCUUCGGAACAUGGUGCAUUGUGCUGACCUCAGCAACCCGACAAAGCCACUGGCACUGUACAGGCAAUGGACUGACCGCAUCAUGGAAGAGUUCUUCCGCCAGGGAGACAAAGAGCGGGAGAGAGGCAUGGAGAUUAGCCCUAUGUGUGACAAGCACACGGCAUCUGUGGAGAAAUCACAGGUGGGCUUCAUUGACUACAUCGUGCAUCCACUGUGGGAGACAUGGGCAGACCUCGUUCACCCUGACGCUCAGGAGAUUCUGGACAUGCUGGAGGAUAAUCGGGACUGGUACCAUAGUGCUAUCCCACAGAGCCCCUCACCACCCCCUGAAGAGCCACCUGGCCAGGGCCAGGACAAGUUCCAAUUUGAAUUGAUCUGUGAGGAGGACACAGCAGCCACAAAGACAGUCAUGCAAUUGGAGGAAGAGGACGAGCCAGCCCCCGAGGUGGGGCGGGUAGGUCCAAGCCAUGGCCCCAAGAAGGGCAGCCUGCCCGCCCCACCUUCCACAAGGCCCCUAAGUCCAACCAGAGCUUCAGUCAUUCAACAGAGCUAUCAAAGACCAGACACAGUGGAAGAGGAACAGCAACCAAAGGCAUCUACAGCAGCCAAAGAGGCGCAGCAACCAUCGCUAGUGUCGCCUCAGGAGCUGGAGAAAGACGAGGAAGUAACAGAAGCGGAAGCCUCCCAGCAAGACGAGGAAGAAACACUGGAGGAGGUCCAAGCCUUAGCCAGCCUAGGGGACCCUGGAUGUCCAUCCUGAGCAACAUCUCCCCAUUCCUAGUUCUUCCCCAGCCCUGGACUCCUCCACCUCCGCCUCCACCAACCACCUCGACCUUUUUCUGGGAGCAGCAGCAAAAACUUGCAGUUUCGAAAAAAAAGAAAAAAGAAAAAUAUUUUCCCCCUUUUUCUUUUUUUUCCCUGCUGGGUUUUUUGGUGGUGGGGUUAGGGGUAGGGGAGGGGGAUGGGAGGGAAGGGGAGGGGGGGCAGGGGGAAAGGGGGGGAUAUUUUUUCCGUUUUUAACAAUGAAGUUUUUAG